GCGAUAUAGAUUUGUGUGCCAUCUCAAGCAACAAUGGUUGUUGUUCGAAAUCACCGCAAAUAUUGUAUAUCCCCCAGUUAAUGCAACAUAACGGUAUUCCCGUCCCCGCAUAAUGACAACCGACGAGAGCAUAAUGGAGGAGAUGCUGGAGAGAGCAACAAAUCCGGCUAAGAAAAUCGACGAACUGGGCGUGCAAAUGUUCUGCAUUGUGGUCAAAAGCAACGCCCAGUUGGUCCACAAGGCGCAGGAAAUGAUUGUGGCCAAGGUGCGAUCCUCCAAUAUAACGGAGGCAACGCGAGCGAUUUCGCUACUGGAGGAGUGCAUGACGCAGUGCGGCGACGACUUCCAGGACGAGGCGGCCAAGUUCCGGUUCCUGAACGAACUGAUCCGCCUGGUGUCGAAGAAGUACAUGGGCGCCGAGACGCCGCACGAGGUGAAGCAGCGGAUCAUGGAGUGCCUCCUGCUGUGGACCACCGAGUUCCCGCAGCGCCUGAAGAUCCGCGACGCCUACGACAUGCUGCGCAAGGAGGGCGACAUCGAGCACGGCACCACGGAGGCGGCGGUGGCCAAGCGGGAGAGUGUCCUCGGCACCAUCGACGAGGCCAUGUUCGCCAAGCUGAUCAAGAGCAACAAUCCCGAGAACUACAAGCGAGCCAACAUCCUGCUGCAGUAUCGGAUGGCCCAGGAGGCGCGACGCAACGAUCUGCUGGCCCAGCACCGUCUGGUCCUCAGCGAGGUGCAGGAGACGAUGCAGCUGCUCAACCAGAUGCUGGACACCUACGACCCCUCCAACCAGGACGUCAGCGAGACGCUGCACGAGCUGUACAAGAGCUGCAAGAAGCACAAGCCCAUCUUCCAGCAUCUGCCGCAGCUGCUGGACGACUCGGAUGCCCAGCUCGUAGCCGACACCCUGGAUGCCAAUGGCGCCCUGCUGACCACCAUGCAGCGCUACAAGCUACUGGUGCCCUCGCCCACGAGGAGCACUGCUCCCGCCCUGACCACCAGUACUCUAACAUCGACAUCCUCGGCAAAAAGCACUUCGACCAGCAGUUCAACUGCAGCAGCUGCUAGUUCCAAUAAUGCCCUGCUGCUAAACGAACUGCUGGGGGAUUUGCUGAUCAGUGGAAGCAGCAGCAGCGAAAGUCCGCCGGCAGCAACCACAAACAUACCAAAUACCGCCAGCAGUAAUUCCAAUGUUACAGCAGCCACAUCCUCCAGUGGUGGAGAUCCUUUGGCCGACUUGAGUGACAUCUUCAGCAGCGCUCUGGCCGAAAGCGAAGCCAAGCUGCAGCCAAAGCAGCCAUUCCAGAAUGCCAACACCUUGCUGGAGCCGCAGGUUCUCAGCCAAAACUCCGCCACCGAGGGAUUGGCGAAUGGCAAUGAGGGCAGCAAAGUACCGGGAACAGCUAGAAAGAUGCCGCAGAUCGAUAUGCUCAGCGAGGAGCUCUUCCAGCAGAUUCUGCCCGCCCAGGAGCGAAUGCCCAGCUUCAAGCGGGAUCCCGAGAAGCUAACGCUGAACGAUUUGGCCCGCGAACGAAUGCAGGUGGAGGCAGCUGCUCCUAUUCCUAUCACCCCUCUCCCUUCUGUUCCUUCCGAACCGGUAGAUGAUGUUCCCCUGCUCAGCGAGGAUGUGGAUAAGAGCGAAGAAGUGGCGGCUCCAGUGGCUCCCCUCCCCAGCAAGCCUCUCAGCGAGAUUCACGUGGAACUGGACAAUAUCCAGGCCACCGGGGAGCAGCGCAUCGUGCUGGACGAUGACGACCUGCAGCUCAGUCUGAACUUCACCAGCGAUCGGCCCGGCCAUCGUGUGUCGGUGAUUGUGAUAUCGGCGCAGAACAAGAGUCGCCAGCCAGUGCGCGACUUUCAGUUCGAGGCGAGCGUGAAAAAGCCCUGCAAGGUGCGCCUGCUGCCGCCGACGGACAGCCAGAUGCCGCCCCACAAGCCCUUCCGCCCGGCCACGCCCAUUAACCAGGUGAUGCUCCUCCUGAAUCCCACUGGCCAGUCUGUGGAUGUCACCUGCAUCGUGGGCUACAAGCUGGGCGACGAUCCGGAUCCCAUCAAGGAAUCAAUUGUGGCCCAGGGCAUCGACUAUGUGGAUUAGAAACUGGCCUACCGUCCUUUUAACAAGACAUCCGAAACGAUAAAAGUCAAUUUUCCCCCGUUCUAUUUUCCAGUAUCUAAAAGAUAAAGAUUCUUAAUUUCCGUACUGUAUGUAUAUUUAUGCCCGUAAGAUUUUUAUUCAAAUUGUCGUACUAUAAUUAUGUAUCAAAGGUUUAUAUAAAUUAUGAAAAAGUCGCUACAAAA